AGGUCCCGGCAUUUGUGAUCAGUCGCGCGGAAGCGGCGUGAAGAGCGGGCGUUUUGAGGACUCCCUGCGGCGAUGGCGUCUGGCAGCAAUUCCGAUGCAGCGGAGCCCGCAGAGCCGGCGGCAGCGCCCGCAGCAGCAGAGACGGAGGAGAACCAGGUGAAGAGGCGGCGGCUUCAGUGCCUGGGCUUUGCGUUGCUGGGGAGAUGCGACACCACGAUGGCCCCCACCUUCCUGUCGGAGAACAACUGGCAGACGCAAAAAGCGUUGAGCCCCUACUUCGGACAGCCAGAGAACGACCUAGCGUGGCCGCGCCAGCCUCCGACGUCCUUCAAGUCCGAGGCCUAUGUUGAUCUAACCAACGAGGAUGCAAAUGAUACCGCCAUUUUAGAAAGCAGCGCAUCGGGAAGUCCUCUAGAAGACAGCAGCACUAUCUCCUUCAUUACCUGGAAUAUUGAUGGACUAGAUGGAUGCAAUCUCCCAGAGAGGGCUCGAGGGGUGUGCGCCUGCCUCGCUCUGUACAGUCCAGAUGUGGUAUUUCUACAGGAAGUCAUUCCCCCAUACUGUGCCUACCUAAAGAAGAGAGCAAGUAGUUACAAAAUUAUUACAGGUAAUGAAGAAGGAUAUUUCACAGCUAUACUAUUGAAGAAAGGAAGAGCGAAAUUUAAAAGUCAAGAGAUUAUUCCUUAUCCAAAUACCAAAAUGAUGAGAAACCUUCUGUGUGUAAAUGUGAGUUUGGGUGGAAAUGAAUUUUGCCUUAUGACAUCCCAUUUGGAGAGCACCAGAGAACAUUCUGCGGAACGAAUAAAUCAAUUAAAAACUGUUUUUCGAAAAAUGCAAGAGGCUCCAGAUUCAACUACUGUUAUAUUUGCAGGAGAUACAAAUUUAAGAGAUCAUGAAGUUAUCAAAUGUGGUGGUUUACCUGACAAUGUUUUUGAUGCUUGGGAAUUUUUGGGCAAACCUAAACAUUGCCAGUAUACAUGGGAUACAAAAGCAAAUAAUAAUCUCAGAAUUCCUGCUGCUUAUAAGCAUCGUUUUGAUCGAAUAUUUUUCAGAGCAGAAGAGGGACACCUUAUUCCCCAAAGUUUAGACCUUGUUGGGUUGGAAAAACUGGACUGUGGUAGAUUUCCUAGUGAUCACUGGGGGCUCCUGUGCACAUUGAAUGUAGUAUUGUGAAAAGCUCCCCAAAUUCCAGCUUUAACUGUCUGUUUGCACUAGUUCUGAAUUUGUUCAGAUCUCAACCUUUCAGGAAAGCUAGGUCUAAUACAAAAGAAUUCAUAAACUGGAUGAUGAAUACAGCAAAAGCAAUUAACGUCUUUAUAUCGUGUGUCCUCAGAGUUAAGAAUUGGUGUUUGUAAUAAAUCAAAGCAUGCUUAUGUUCAGAA